AUGUCCGAGCAGGGUCGGUUGGAGACGUUUAGUUCAAAUGACAAUUUUGAGCGUAAUGAUAAACAAGACUCGUUAUCAUUUUCUACUGCUAAUAUUUCCAAGAGGCAGUUAAAAAAGAUGAAAAAGCGACAAGAAUAUCUGAAAAUAAAGUCACAGAAAAGACUUGAAGAAAGGCAAAAGAAGAAAUUAAAAAGGGCUAAAAAAAUAGCUAACAAUGAAGUUUUAGGGCCAUCAAAGAAACAAUUGAAGUUGAAUUCAAUGCAAAAUUCCCAAUGCAAAAUAAGGGUUGUCAUUGAUUGCUCUUUUGAUGAUUAUAUGUCUGAAAAGGAUGUAAUGAAGUUCAGUCAGCAGUUGCAGUAUUGCUAUGCAAGGAACAGGAGGGCUGCCAAUCCAUUGCAGUUCUACAUUACAAGUCUUGAAAAAAAAACUUUAUCAAGAUUGAAUCAGAUCGGGUCCUAUAAAUCUUGGGAUAUCAACAUUGGUCACAAAUGUUAUUUGGAAACUUUCCAAAAAGAAGAAAUAGUAUAUUUGACCAGUGAUUCGCCAAACGUGUUGAGUGAGCUAUCGCCUGAGAAAGUAUACAUUAUUGGUGGUCUCGUGGACCAUAACCAUCAUAAGAGUUUGUGUUACAACCUGGCUGUUGAACGAAACAUCAGUCAUGCACAACUGCCCAUUGGUAAUUUUUUGCAGUUGGCCAGUCGAAAUGUGCUAGCUGUCAAUCAUGUUUUCGAGAUCUUGCUCAAAUUUACUGAAAGAAAUGAUUGGAAAGAAGCAUUUUACUCCGUGAUACCUAAAAGAAAAAUAGCUUUUACUAAUAACGAAGAAACGUCAAAAAAAAUUGAUGAGCUAACUAGUGAAGAACAUUUGAAAAAUAAUGAAUUAAUUUAA